AUGUACCACCAUGCUAAUGGUUCAACGACAGCGGAACCAAAUUACGAAUCCUCAGCUCCCUUCGAUUACGCUGAAGCAGACAUCAUUUUGCUUUCCACUGAUGGCGCCGAGUUUCGAUUAUUCACGCUCUUCCUCUUCCCUACCUCUCCAUUCUUCGAGUCAGUAUUCUUCCUUCCUCAGGGCCCUAAUGGUGGUAAUUCUGACCAAGAAACGAAGGAUGGCUUCGCAGUCAUCCCCAUAUCUGAGGACAGCAAACUUCAGAUUUAUUUCUCAGGUUUUGCUUUCUAUCAACACUCAGAUGAUCCUCUUUCUUGA